CUCUCGGCCCAGGCUGAGGUGAAGCUGCAGCUGCUCGGUGCAGAGCUCACAGUCUUCAAAUUGAGCUCCAGGUGUGAGAAGGAGCGUGAGCGUCAUGGUAGUGUGGAGGCAGAGCUCGGUGACAUGAGGCUGCUGAAGGAGGGGGUGCUGGACACUCUGCCAGAGCUCCACACACUGUGGAGAGACCUCACAGAGCGACUGAUGGAGCUGCGGAGACAAUACCAGCAGGACAAGCGGGGUCUCCUCGCCCAGGCGUCAGGGGGUGUUGCUGUGGAGAUGCAGACAAGGGGGUCAUCAGAUCUGAUCCAGCAGCUGGAGCACCUGAGGAGUGCCGGUGAGACGCUGCUCCACCCGAAGCCGUGCUACAACACCCAGGUACACCAACAUCUGCAGCACCGGCCCAACCAGCCUAAACCCAAAGAACAGAUGUCUUUGCUGAGCUCUCCAGCGGUGACCUUUGACCCUCGAGCAGGGUCAGAGGUUGUGCAGGCUGAGGUUGAGGAGCUGUGGAGAACAGCAGGAGGUCUGGAGGAGGAGCUCACACAGCUACAGGAUCUGAACAUGGUGUUGGAGGAUUCCAGUCUGCAGCAGACAGAGUCCUUCGGCCUGCAGCUGGUGGACCUGCAGCAGCAAGCAUACGUCCUGUACAGAGACCUGGACUCAGAUCUGCAGUUUGCAGCUCAGCAGGCUGAAGAGCAUCAGGCGCUGCUGGAGGUAAACAGCAGGCUGGAGACCCAGAUAGAGGACUACAGGAGGCUGCUGGAUGCAUCAAGCAUACAAGGGUAG